AUGGGGACCGAGGAUCAAAAAGUGGUGGAGGACAACUUUGUGAAUUACUUUCAGGAGUUGUUUUCGACAGGUGAGGAACUGAAUAUGGGCCCAGUUUUGCAGUUGAUUCAGUGUGAGUACUGCGGUGCUUGGGUGUUGAAUGGGGUUGAUGAGAUUUCACAAAUUAAUCAUACUUUUAUUGUGCUGAUUCCUAAAAUUAAGAAUCCCAAGCUAAUGUCAGAAUUUCAGCAAAUUAGUUUGUGUAAUGUUGUCUAUAAGAUAAUUGCAAAAGUGUUGGCCAAUCGUCUUAAAGAGGUGUUGCCAUCUGUUAUUUCAGACACUCAAAGUGCUUUUAUACCAGACCAUUUGAUUACAGAUAAUGCAUUGGUGGCUUUUGAAGUGUUCCAUUUUCUUAAGAACAAGAGGGCGGGCAAGGAUGGAUGUCUUGCGUUGAAACUUGACAUGAGUAAAGCUUAUGACCAAGUGGAAUGA